AUGUACCAUACAUUCCGGAAACAAUGGAGGUUGCUGGGUCUGGUUUGGUUAGUUCUGCUCGCCGAUGUUGAGAAGCUCGUUGACGAACUGAACUGCAGCAUAGAGCUUGUGAUUUGGUUACUGAAACUUGAAUCAAGCUUCUGGGUCACCGAACAGAAAUCGGCAUUGAUUAUGUUCAAGUUUUCGAAACACAAAUUGAAGGAUGAAGAGGAAGCAUCAACAUUCCGUUGCAGCAUAUGUUUUGAAACCAUGUUGGCAACAUCAACCAACAAGUUUGAAAACAAUGUUAGAUGUGCUUGUUCAUUCUGCAAUGAUUGCAUAGCCAAGCAUAUCAAAGUGAGCAUUGAACAAUACAAUCGAAGCAAAAUCAGAUGUCCUUAUUCACCCGUCUGUGGUCAGCUGUUGGAUCCUCUCUCUUGCAGGCACAUCAUCCCGGCACCACUUUUUGACAAGUGGUGCGACAUGCUCUGCAACUUAGCUCUUCUAGGGUUGGAUACAUGUUACUGUCCCUACCGGGAUUGCUCGGCUUUGGUAAUUGUGACUGAGUGUGGAGUAGGGGAUCUUGUGAGGAGAUCCAAGUGUCCCCAUUGCAAGAGGCUGUUUUGCUUCCAGUGCAAGCAACCGUGGCAUGCAGACUAUGAAUGUGAAGAUAGUAGUAGUGAUUUGGAGUUUGGGGUGGUUGAGAAGAGGAAGAAGUGGAUGAGAUGUCCCGCAUGCAAACAUUGUGUUGAACGUGCUAAAGAUGUGAAACCAGUUUUUGCUACAAGUGUGGAAUGA